AUGAAAGCGGCUGUGGCACCACCUCUGCCUGCGUUAGAACUUGAGGCCGCCGCAUCGCUUCCCCCUUCCAGGCCUGGUGCACUGCUCGAGAAUGUGGCCGUUGAGGCCGAUGAUUUUGAUGGAUUCGUAGCGCAAGUGCUAGAAAUCAUUCCUAAUGUGCUUCCUGAGCACGCUCGCAAGCUGAUCGAAGAGCACUACCCUUCGCGUAAAGGGCAGGUCGUCGAGACCGUGCUUCACUUGCUGUUUGAAGACCCUUCUUACCCAAAGUCUGAUCCAAAGGGGAAGCGAAAGCUCUCUGAAAUGGCGGGCAGCGCCAAUGAUGAGCAGAGAAAUACGAAGGUCAAGUUGGAUUUUGGGUGCAAGGAUCGGGAGCGCGAGGGGGGGCCGUUUUACAUUAAUAAUGCUAUGCAACAAUUGUACGCUGAUUUCCCGAGAAUACCGGUCGCGCAUGUGCGGGGGCGAUUCUUUGCGAAUAACUCGCUGUACGCUCCAACGUACCUUUCGUUACAUGAAGAAGCCAAGAAGCAGCCAUUGCCGUACAAGCUGAAGCCGGCAUGCCGGCAUGGCAAAGGCAAAGGUGUCCUGCGACAUGAUGCAGAACUUGUGAAGGAAAUGGAGUGGGUGCAGCUCCGAUUGCAGGAAGAGCCUAGUGCACAGGCAGCUGAUCAAGGGGAAGAAGACGAGGAGAACAGUAUCGAGUGUGGCUGCUGCUUCUCGAUAUACCCCUUCGAGAAGAUGAUACAAUGUCCCGAGGCACACCUCUUUUGUACAGACUGCAUCAUUUCAUAUGCGUCGACGCUGCUGGGAAGCCACGACGCACGCAUCGCGUGCAUGGAUCAGUCUGGCUGCAAGGAGCUGUUCCCUGAAUCGGAGCUACGACGAGUGCUGCCGCCUAAACUGGUCGGGUUGUAUGAUCGCGUGUGCCAACGGCGCGAUAUUGAGGCGGCGGGACUGGAGAACCUCGAGGAGUGCCCGUUCUGCGAGUACAAGUGCGUGAUCGAUAACCCACAGGAGAAGCUCUUUCGGUGCGAGAACGCGGAUUGCAUGGCGGUGACGUGCCGCGAGUGUAAGAAGGCUGACCACUUGCCGAGGAGCUGCAAAGAGGUUGAAGAGGACAAGAAGCUCGAUGUACGACAUGCCAUUGAAGAAGCUAUGACUCGCGCUUUAAUGAGGAAUUGCCCGAAAUGUUCGAAAGCUUUUAUCAAGGAACAAGGCUGUAACAAGAUGACAUGUCCCAACUGCGCAACGAUGUCAUGCUACAUAUGUCGCAAGGUCGUCACCGGUUACUAUCAUUUUAGCAAUCCUCCCCCGUACACCGGACAAGCAAAUCCAAAAAAGUGCCAGUUAUGGGAUCCCGUCGAGCAGCGACAUAGCGAGGAGGUCACCGCAGCUGCCAAGAAGGCUGUGGAGGAGUUCAAGCGGAGCCAUCCCGAGCUUACGGACGAAGAUCUGCAUGUCGACCUACCCCCUCCUCCGGUAGCUGGCCCCUCAAACGCUGCUCGGCCAGUUGCUGUCGCCGGCGCCCUGCCGAACGUCGUGCGUAAUCCGAUCGCUGCCGCGGCUCAUUAUGGACGGCAACUAGCCAACGUGUUCCUCGGCGAUCCGCUGCAGGCACCGGCGGUGGGGGGCGCUGUAUACAACCUCCACGUGAACUUCAACGCACCGCAGGUAUAUCCUGGCAUUCCUGCCAUAGGUAUGCCUGCUGUUGGCGUUGGACCCGUCAUGCCACCUCCAAUUCCCCAACCCCCACAUCCCGCGCGCCCAGCGGCGCGUGCUCCCAGGCGUGCCAGGGCUAGGAGAAGAGCGUAA